AUGUCAGAAGAACUUGGGUACUACAUCUAUCUAUCUAUCUAUUUAUCUAUCUAUCUAUCUAUCUAUCUAUCUAUCUGUUCAUAUGCAUGUAUAUAUCUAUCUAUUCUUCUCUAUCUGUUUAUUCAUAUAUAUCUGUUCAUAUCUAUCUAUUUCUACCUAUCAUUAUCUGUUCAUAUCUAUGUAUCUAUCUAUCUAUCUAUCUAUCUAUCUAUCUAUCUAUCUAUCUAUCUAUCAUUAUCUGUUCAUAUCUAUCUAUCUAUCUAUCUAUCUAUCUAUCUAUCUAUCAUUAUCUGUUCAUAUCUAUCUAUCUAUCUAUCUAUCUAUCUAUCUAUCUAUCGAUUCAUAUGCAUGUAUGCAUGUAUGUAUCUAUCUAUUCUUCUCUAUUUGUCUAUUCAUAUCUAUCUGUUCAUAUCUAUCUAUUUCUACCUAUCAUUAUCUGUUCAUAUAUAUCUAUUUAUUUAUUUAUUCAUAGCUAUCUAUCUAUCUGUCCAUAUUUAUCUAUGUUCAGGUGAUUCUUUCUAUAUAUCUAACUAUCGACUUCUUAGUCUGUUCAUAUCUAUCCAUAUCUAUCUAUCUAUCGAGCUAUCUCUCUGUCUGUUCAUAUAUAUCUAUUCCUAUUCAUAUCUAUCUAUCUAUCUAUCUAUCUAUCUAUCUAUCUAUCUAUCUAUCUAUUCACAGCUAAAGAUUCUCUUCCCACCUUUCUCCGCCAUUUUUCAUUCUUUUAUUUCUUUCUUGCCUCUAUCAGACCGCUUUCCCAACAUCUCUCCUCCCCGGAUAUCGUUUUUUUCUUUUUUUGUCUCCCAUUUUCCUUUCCUUGUGAUAUUCGUUUCUUUUUCCAUUUUCUUUUUCCUUUCCUUGGUCUUAUUUUCUUCGUCGUUCUUUGCUUUUGACCACCUCUAUAUCGUCUUCUUCUCCUUUCUCGUUAUAUUUUCUUCUCUUUUCCUUUCUUCUAUCUAUCUAUCUAUCUAUCUAUCUAUCUAUCUAUCUAUCUAUCUAUCUAUCUAUCUAAUUCUCAUAUCUAUCUAUCUAUCUAUCUAA